CCUGACGCGGCUGCAAGCGCCAGUGAAGAAGGUUCAAGCGACGGUAGUGACGUUGGCUCAGACGAAGAUGAGGACAUUUCAAAAGAGCAGAUCGAGCGCAAGACGGGACAAAAGGUGCUUCGUGAAGGAGUGGCUAGUUUGCAAGAAGUCAUUGCGAACCAGAAGGCGGAAAUUGACCGUGCCAUCAAUCCCAUCAUGAAGCAGCGCUUGAUUACACGUCUCCGCAAAUUUGAGGCCGAGCUUGAGACCAAGAUGGCUGAGAUUGAGGAAGCAUGAACAGCCAUUCAUAUGCGUUUCUAAUAUAUAUUACCACUCAAGAAUGCGUUCUUAGUUGUGCCAUCUGAGGAGUCUUCGAGCAUUUCACGAUCAGAUCUCGACAUCAGCUACAUCUUCAUUGUUAACGUGAGCUGGCUAGAUGACAAGAUAUCAUGCUUCCCAAAGAUAUACCUGGGUACUACUAUGAUGCUGAGCGCAACAGAUACUUCAAGCUCGCACAUGCCUCGCUCGGAAGACCAUCCACUCAAGUCUCGUCAAGUCAACAUGCAGAAAACGCUUCAUCUACUGGAGGCUCGACUGCUCAUACGUACUCAAAUGUCAUCAAAGCCAAACGCCAAAAGGUCGAAGAAAAGAGGAUGAACAAAGAGACGCAAACACUUCAAAUUGGGCAUAGCUAUCAGGUCUUGCAUGGAGGCCUACCGAGCAGAUCUUGGCGUCAAUCACCCGUGGGCUCCCUACUGGCAAGACAAGCUGGCAAUUCAGGAACCCAAAACGACACUUGGCCUCGGUCUAUCAAAGACGUCAUCAGCAACAAGCAUGCUACACCCUACAAUCUACCCGCUGGCCAAAAUCGAGUACCCUUUCGCUUCUUUGGGUGCAGUAGCCAUGCUGUAUUUGCAUUUGGUCCUGCAAUCGCGACCUGCGCAAUCAACCCCAUUGGAGAAACUUCUUCUUGGGAACCUAGGGUCCACAACCGAUUCGAUGAUCACUACACAAGCCUAGUGACUAGCGGUGAUGGCACACGUUGGGCUGGUUCGUCACGAUGUUCCAGUGAUCCGAGCGUCGUAGCAUUAUUCACGGGCCGUCUGCACGGUGGUGUCACGCAAAUUCAAGUCAAACAAGCUGAUGGUCAUGUUGAAGCUGGCGCCUUCUCGCCGGACUCUAGAACGUUGUGCUUUGCCGGAUCCGUUCUUUAUGUGCUGCCAAUCGACAGGACUGGUGACUUCAACGCGUCUAUUGCACCUAAACCGCUGAAGAAGGAUGUUCUCGAUGUUCAAUUUCUCGACAACAACGUGCUUGCCUUGGGACGUCGUAGUGGCGCGCUCGAUCUGGUCGACUUGCGCAUGCCACUCGGACCACUGAAUAUCACAAAGCGACUAUAUCAACCUCGUGGCAUAUGUAAGAUUAAAAUACUCGGAAACGGCCAUCAGAUUCUUGCAGCCGGCUUGCAAGACUUGGCUUUGUUUGACCUCAGACUUGGAGCAAAAAGCUAUAUCACUUACGCAGGAGGCGCGCAGCAUGAAGACCCCAGGGAUGUCCAAAUUGCACUCAUGGCUGACGACAAACGCAUCAUGUCGCUCCAAAGAAGAACAGGACUGAAGCUCUGGUCAAUUGACGGAACGCUGCUCGAUCGUAGAACGAUCCCAGGUACGCCAUCUUCCCUUGAAGUAUUUCCCGAGGACUCGACCAAGUGCAUGACGGUCGAUGGUGAAAGUGCCCAUGUAUUCAGCCUAGACUUCCAUAAACUUGGAUAGCUCAAACUUGAUGCUUUGUGCAAUACGAUGCAUUGCGUCAAAGCUGAUAUUGACGAGCCAUUUGCCGUCGUCGAGCAAGUCAGCUGAUGAACUUCCAA